CCGAGUGUUAACUCGCCAGAUCCUGCGUCGUUGCAUCACCUGCCGUAAGAGGAACGAAGCUCCCAUGAAACAGAUGAUGGGUGACCUUCCUAUAGCUAGGCUUACUCCAUACGAGCCUCCCUUUACCUACACCGGUUUGGACUUUUUUGGUCCGUUUUAUGUCAAACGUGGUCGUGGCACCGAGAAAGUGUAUGGUUGCAUUUUCGUGUGUUUCACUACAAGGGCAAUCCAUAUUGAAGAUGUUGGAUCACUGGAGGCAGACGAUUUCAUCCAAGCCUUGCGUCGCUUUAUUUGUACUCGUGGUGCUGCCAAGGAGAUAUGGAGUGACAAUGGGACCAACUUCGUUGGUGGAGAAAAGGAGAUAAGAUUGGCUAUUCAGGGAUGGAAUCAGAAGGCAAUAAUCGAAGCUUUGCACGAAAGGGGAGUAGAAUGGCAUUCACAACCAUUGAAGAAGUGGCACUUUCAACCUCCUACCGCUAGCCACAUGUCAGGAGUGUGGGAAAGACUGAUCAGAAGCGUUCGCAAGACCAUGAAGGCCAUUAUUGGGCAUCCGCACGCCUUUGUCAAGCGCGAGACGCUGCGUACAGUGUUCGCAGAAGCAGCUGGUAUUCUCAACAGCCGACCUCUUUGUCCAAGCAGCGAAGAUCCGAACGAUUGUGAACCAAUCACGCCAAGUCAUUUCUUACAACAACGGCAAGGUCUCGCAGUACCUCCUGGUUUAUUUCAAGACACAGAAAUCCAUUCUCGAAAGCAGUGGCGCAGAGGACAAGUUCUGGCCAACCACUUCUGGGCGCGGUGGAUUCGUGAAUAUCUUCCCAUUUUCCAAGAAAGAAAGAAGUGGAUGACGAAGAAACCAAAUUUGAGAGUGAAUGAUCUGGUGCUUUUGGUGGAUACAACUCAGCCUCGAGGACAUUGGCAUCUUGGACGAGUAACCAAGGUCUUCUUCGGAGCGGAUGGUUUGGUACGUACGGCAAAAGUAAAGACAAAGAUAUCGACUUUGGUGAGACCAAUUUCUAAGUUGUGCUUAUUAGAGGAAGCACUUUAAACAGUAGAACCAUAACUCUUAUAUAUAUAUAUUUGAACGUUUCAUAGCGACCGUUUCAACGGGGGGACUAUGUUGAGGGUAGCUCAACACUUCCGGUCAGUGAUCGAAGUUUAGCGAGUUUCCGGUGAACAUCCGGGGUUUUCGACGAACAUAAAACGUUUUUGUUGUUUUGUUUCGAAGGAUUAUAUUUGGACUUUAAUAGCAAAAAACUAGCUUUAAUACGGGAUUAUCGACAUUCGGUAAGACAUUUAAAGUUUGAUUAUGUAUUUCUGUCCUAUAUGUGAGCAUUUUGUUAUGUAAGAACUGUAAAUUGUUUGUAAAUUUACGUAUAUAUUUAGUGUAUUUUAU